AUGGCCGGCAAGCGCAAACACGAAGAACCUACCCCAACCCUACCAAACAGUCAGCAAGACACCACAAUUACACCUCACCGCCAAAAGCAACGAAAGAAGCAAAAUACACCCACUGUCGACACCACAUACACCAUCUCUCAAAUCCUCGCCUUCAAAGCCAGCAUUCCCGCCAUCACAGACUGGACAAGCCCCACCAUCAGCCCAAAACACAUCCAAGUGAUUUAUUGGUUCGACGUGCUCGGCCUCAGCAAAGCAGAAUGUGCCAAACGAUAUCCAAACAAAGAUGGUAAAUCCUGCUCGGUGGCGAAUAUUUUCAAGGUGUAUAAUAUGUAUGCGCCGAGACUUUAUGCGGAGAAGGGGGUGGGAUUUGUGCCGUUGGGGAAGAGAGGCAUUGCGCGCGCACAACCUGUGGCUCCUGUAUCGCAAAAGAAAGGGCACAUUGGAGGUCGCCAUGGUACUACGAAGGUAUCGAGACUAGAUGUCAAGCUCAAGAGGCUGUUCGAAAAACUUCCAAAGCCCACGUCACCAGCAUUGCACAUCUACCAAGAUCAAGAUGUGCGCGUGGCAUGCUCAGAUCGCGCUGAAAAUCCAGCAGCGAAGCAAGGUGAGACCGAGAAAUUCGAAGCAGCGUCUUCAUAUACCGACGUCUUGGAGUUCGUACGCAAAGUCAACGACACAACCUACGGCCCUCCAUCCGGCUCACACAUGAGUCGAGCAUGCGCAGUCCAGUACUGUAAAACCGUCCGCGAAGCACUGGAGAAGAAUCCGGGUAUACGGACGGCUCAAUAUGGUCCCGAAAUCAGUCCUGACACAAUAUCCCGCUUUACCGCUUGCAUGUCGUCAACGCUUCAAUCUCACUUACCUACACACGUCACCACAUCAUUCGGCACCUUUGAGCAGCAGUGGACUAUGGUGGACCUGGAGGACCUGUACGUCUUUGCUGUGACCAUGGGUGCGCACGGGGUGUGUGAUUUAGUCACCGAUCGGUGGGUUGAGGAGAUCCAGCGGUCUGAGCCGCGUAUAGUCAUGGACGACUUUUUCGAAUGCCAUUUGUUUGACAUUCUGCACUUCGGGCCCGAGUUCCUCAAUUUCCUCCAUGCGAACGACGAGAAGGGACUCAGGUUCUUUCUGAGUGUGCUGGUCACCCAUGGCCAGGCAGGCUACGCACUGCUACGUGAUACACAUUUAGGGAACUGGCAUAGCGAUGUGAAGAAGGCUCUCAUUGCAACUAUGAAAAAUGAAAGCGCGAUUGAUCUGGUCACUGCUUCGCGAGAGACCAUUUGCGCGAGAUUCCACCACCAUGGUCCAGAAGAGCAGAUUGGGUGCUUCCAAAGAGUCCCUCUACAGCCCGCAACAUAUGCAUCAGCGAUUACAGCAAAAGCACCUGCACUUCGAGCACGAAUUGAGCGCCCUUGUUACGACAUGGACAUCGACGAUGGAAAAGAAGGCAUCCUCCAAAUUUCCAUCCCGGACUUCCCUUACGUACACAACCGAGAUCCACGACACGAUGCCAUCAUUAAGGACCCUCUAUAUUCCAACCCGCGCGUCUCCAACCGCCUUCAAAAACACAGGAACGGCUACAUGGACGAUCGCAUGCAGUACGCUAAUCCGAAAUUCAACGCUCAUCAUGACGCGGCGGAGGUCUGUGAGGAGAAGCUACGAAUGGUAAGGGAGAAGCUUCAGUCGUUCAGAGAGGAGGGGAUUGAAGUGAGUGAGGAAGUGAAGAAGACUUUGGGUGGACCGGAAGGUUUGGGCGGGGCAGGGGGGCAUGAGGAGGAAGAAAGCGAGUAACGUCCUCACCGAUGUGCCGAGAAGCCCGCCGCAGCGAGAAAACCAACAGUACCUUAGCCUUGUUCUGUAGGCACUUGCGGGCAUUUGUACACCCUUGCAGCCAAAAAUCACCAGUCUUGUCGCCGUCGCAUCACUAUUUGCAGAGAGCGUUCUUUUGGUGCAAAACUGUUGGAGUUCAGUGAACUGUACGCAAAGGGAAGAAGU